AUGACCUCUGAAGAUGCGAGCGAUCGCAUCGCCAGCAACCAGACCCAAGCUCCGGCUCAGGAUGCCGAACAUGCUCAGGCACCUGGUCAACUUCCACCGGCCAGCACUCCCUCAGCCGCUGCAAGUUCGACAACCAGGGUGCAGCCGGCCCCAUCCGCGAUCAACACAGGCCAUAUUACAGCGCUGCCCAAGUCAAAAAGCGUGCCAACCAAUGUUAUGCCAUCAAGAACGCCUUCCGCCCCGGCGUCUCCGUUGUCUUCACGCGAUUCUUCCCCAGCAAGACCUGGGCAGAAACCGCAGGGUGUUCCAAGACGUUCCAGGUCAAGAAAGAAUAGUCACGAAGUGAGCCCACAGCGCCGACCAAGUGCGCCUGCUACUGGCACGUCAGUCCCUUCGGCAGCAGCAAUACAGCGUGCGCUCUCAGCAUCCAACACGCCGCAACUACAACCACUCGCUCUGACCGACUCGAGCGCAAAGCCGCAACAGCCACAGAGAUCGCAAGGCACGACAUCAGGAGAGAACACACCGCAGUGGCCUCUGUCGCCGAGGGUCAAGUCACCCCCUCCAACCACCACCGGCCCAUCCCGGCAGAGCUCUCUCAUUCCAACCAAGACAACGAAACCUACCACUUCAACCACGCCCAGCAUUGUCGUACAGCGGUCUACGCCUACAGCAACGCCACCGAUUGCAGCCAAACUCGAUGGCCUACUCAGUGACUCGGACGACCAGACACAGAUGCUAUCCAAGGGUUCAUCGAGAGGAGCGAGCGGUGCGGCAUCGACUCUGGAAACUGUCCAUGAGGCUAGUCUGCCUACCACACCGGGAUUCGAAGCCUUCAACUCGCAAAGUUUAGCGCCAGCUAAGAAUACCGCCGCCCCUUCAGACGAUUCCUUUGUUUCGAAGCGCGCCGGAAGUACGGGCGAAGUCCGGGGCGACAGGAAUGUGAAGAGCGAUUGGAACGCUGUUGGCAGCGGGCUCAGCAAAGACGACGACAAGGGAAAGCGACAAGAACCGCAGAUGCAGACUGUCCCGCGGCCGAAGCCACUCACAGUAACCGCUUCAUCAACUGCGCUAGCGCCACCGAAAGCCAAAUCUGACGCCCAAGUGGCCUCGAAAAAUAUGACAGUCGAGACCGAGACCGUUAGCUCUAUACCUCAGGCUGCGAUAGGCGCUGGUUCAGGAGACCGGGCAGUACAAGGACGCGGAGAUCCUAGCGGCAGCCUACGACUGAAGCCAAGCAACGAGACUAUCAGGCCGAGAAAGGAGAGGAAAAGAGCUGUGCGUAAACCGCCGUCAAUAAAUUCAGGCACAGCUUCCACAAAGGCAGAUAUUUUCGAAGCCAAAGUUGCCAGUGCAGUCGAUGCCACCAACUCAUCGGAUUCUGACGAAACCUUCGUCUACGAAUCCAACCCAGCUGACGCUACUCCUCGCGCCAACCGAAAUCACUCCAGAACACCAAGCACAACGUCAAUGGCAAGUCUCAUCGACAGUCGCGGUGCCAGAAGUUCGUUUGGCAACGUCCUCGACAACGGGCGGGGCGUUGCCGGAAAAAGAAGCAUGAAAUUCUCAAGUAACCCGUACCAUCAAACAGCGAAUGAAGAUGGCGACGACUGGCAGGAAGGUGUUCCGCGAAAUGGCGACCCAAGGCCCGGAGGCAGUAAUGGAGUGCACCACCACCACAUUGGGCGCUACGGUCGGCCUGGCGCCAACUAUGGCGCGUUGCAGGAUGACUCACCCUAUGCCAACUCUUCCAAAGCGCGUGCGAAAGCUGCAAACGACUCACGGCAGUCGCCUAAGCCAGCAAGUCUGAGGAUGCUAAACCAAAGCAAUUCUCGCCUUGCAAGUACGGCAAGCAAACAGCAUGGCGAAUUUGCAACGUACGACAUGGACGGCGAGGGUGCAGAUGAUGAACGGACGCCUCUCGUAGGAUCAAUACGAGCCCAGCGCACGCGUCCUCGGAAACCGAACAGCGCAAGCAUACGCCAGAUCGAGUACUAUCAAAAGCGAGACCGGGGCUGGCUGCGCAGAUUCGGCGGCUGUAUUCUUCUCAGCGUCCUGGUGAUUCUUCUCGCCGCGGGCGCAGUAGGAUUCCUCUUUGCAACAACCAAGCCCAUGUACGACGUGCGCAUCAAAGAGAUCCAGAACGUGCUCGCCAGCGAGCAGGAAAUCAUGCUAGACCUCCUCGUCGGAGCCAUCAACCCAAACCUCCUCGGCGUCUCCGUCACAGAAAUGGACGUCAACGUCUUCGCAAAGAGCAAGCACGUAGGCACCGAUCGCUACUGGCGCGAGCAUCCCCACAACGAUGACUGGCGCUGCUGCUCACCCCCCAGUACCUCCUUCGCCAAAUCACGAGACCAGACCCGCCGGCGGGACCACCACAGCACCACCUCAACCUCGCCCUCCUACAUCCCCCUCCACCCGCUCGGCACCGUCGACCACGGCACAAACCCAAUAAACGACCCCUCCAGCGACGCACAAACCAUGCUGCUCGGCCGCAUCUUCCACUUCGACAGCGCGCUCUCCUUCGACGGCUCCCCGCUAAAGCGGCACCCGCACUACUCGGUCGGCGAGCUGCGGCUGCAAAAGCCGGGCAACAAGACCGAGGCCGGCGGCACGGAGCGCUGGGAACGGGUGCUGCUGCAUCCGUUUGAGCUGAUUGUAAGGGGGAUUCUGAAAUACCAGCUCCCGCUGUCUGGCAGGACGCUGACGGCGCCGAUUGGGGCUAGUGUGGUUGUUACGCCGGAGACGGGGGUGGGUGAGGAAGGCGGACGGUGA